UCUCCAACGAAGUGCCAGAGCACCCAUGUGUGUCCCCUGUCUCUAAUCAUGUGUACGAGCGGCGGCUCAUUGAGAAGUACAUUGCAGAGAAUGGCACAGAUCCUAUCAACAACCAGCCUCUCUCAGAGGAGCAGCUCAUCGACAUCAAAGUUGCUCACCCAAUUCGGCCCAAGCCUCCCUCUGCCACCAGCAUCCCAGCCAUUCUGAAAGCCUUGCAGGAUGAGUGGGGCUGGCCGAGUUCUCCAGCUCUCCCCCAGUCCUCACAGUGGCCUACCCCCUCCCAGGAUGCAGUCAUGCUGCACAGCUUCACCCUUCGCCAGCAACUGCAGACAACCCGCCAGGAGCUGUCCCAUGCUCUGUACCAACACGAUGCUGCCUGCCGAGUCAUUGCCCGUCUCACGAAGGAAGUCACUGCUGCUCGAGAAGCUCUGGCUACUCUGAAACCACAGGCUGGUCUUAUUGUACCUCAGGCCGUGCCAAGCUCACAGCCCAGUGUUGUGGGUGCAGGAGAGCCCAUGGAUUUGGGUGAGCUGGUGGGAAUGACCCCUGAGAUUAUCCAGAAGCUUCAAGACAAGGCCACUGUUCUAACCACGGAGCGUAAGAAGAGAGGAAAGACUGUGCCUGAGGAGCUGGUGAAACCCGAAGAGCUCAGCAAGUACCGGCAGGUGGCAUCCCAUGUGGGGCUACACAGUGCUAGCAUUCCUGGGAUCCUUGCUCUGGACCUCUGUCCUUCGGACACCAACAAGAUUCUCACUGGUGGGGCAGAUAAAAACGUUGUUGUCUUUGAUAAGAGUACUGAGCAAAUCCUGGCCACUCUUAAAGGCCAUACCAAGAAGGUCACCAGCGUGGUGUUUCAUCCUUCUCAGGAACUGGUGUUUUCUGCAUCCCCAGAUGCGACUAUCAGGAUUUGGUCGGUCCCAAACACCUCCUGUGUACAGGUUGUUCGAGCCCAUGAGAGUGCAGUGACAGGCCUCAGCCUCCAUGCUACUGGAGACUAUCUCCUGAGUUCCUCUGAUGAUCAGUACUGGGCCUUCUCUGACAUCCAGACAGGGCGCGUGCUCACCAAGGUGACAGAUGAGACUUCCGGCUGCUCUCUUACCUGUGCACAGUUCCAUCCUGAUGGGCUCAUCUUUGGAACAGGAACCAUGGACUCCCAGAUCAAGAUCUGGGACUUGAAGGAGCGUACCAAUGUGGCCAAUUUCCCUGGCCAUUCUGGCCCCAUUACCAGUAUCGCCUUCUCUGAGAAUGGGUACUACCUGGCCACAGCAGCCGAUGACUCUUCAGUCAAGCUCUGGGACUUACGCAAGCUGAAGAACUUUAAGACAUUGCAGCUGGAUAACAACUUUGAGGUGAAGUCACUGAUCUUUGACCAGAGUGGUACCUACCUGGCUCUUGGGGGUACAGAUGUCCAGAUCUAUAUCUGCAAACAGUGGACAGAGAUUCUUCACUUUACAGAGCAUAGUGGCCUGACCACUGGAGUGGCCUUUGGUCACCACGCCAAGUUCAUCGCUUCAACUGGCAUGGACAGGAGCCUCAAAUUCUACAGUCUGUAGGCCCUAUGCCUUCUCACAAUUCUGGGCCUCAUCUCAGUAGUGGGUUAGAGUUGGGGGGCGGGUGGGACCUUAGGAAGAGGGAGGUCUGGUGGGGCAGGGGCAUUCACGUCAUUUCAUUCUGGUCUGGAUGAUGGUCUGAGCUAGGGUACAUGGAACACUGCUAUCCAUGCAGCCUUCAGGCCCCAGGGAACGGACAUGGAGGAACUGUCACCCUAUAAAUGCUCAGAGUUGUAGUCCGGCACCUCCCCCAGCAGUGGCAGCUGUUCCAUGCCUGCUCUGUUUCAGCUCUUCUGAGACAGGGAGGUGAGCCAAGGGAACUGUGAAGGGGAGGGGCAGGAGAGCUUGUGCUGGUUUUUGUAAGCAGUGAUCUAGUUUCAUUAAAAAAAAAAAAUCCACUCAGUAAA